CACGGCCGCGGCACCGCAAAGCUGGCACGCCACUCGCGCCACGCUCGCGCCCGCCAUCCCUCGCAUGCCGGCCGGCUGCUCAGGUAAUAAACCAGCAGCGCUCGAUCACUUGAGAUGCGCGCGAUGCCCCCUUCACGCCGUCAUCACCCGCUGUAAACAGGGAGCGUGCGGCUGCCGUCACUGCGUCGCCUUUAGUUGGUGGUAAGGGCGAGGGGUGCGAGUCGGGUGUCGGGGGGUCGGGGGCGGCAUGGAGGGCGGCACGGUGUCGCCGAACCACAGCCGCAAGUCCCUGCAUUCGAGCUGCGAGGCGGUCGGCCUCGAGGUGCACAUGUGGCGAAAGCGGCACGGCUGCUCGGAAUGCGUCUACCUGAAUCCGGCGUCGACCAGCGGCAAGAAGGCGCACUUCUACCAAAUGCUGCUGCUGCCCUUCAUCCCGAUCGCCGCCCUGAUCGUGCAGAACUGCUUCUCCAUCGCCUCCAUCGCCGAUUCGCUACACGAGGCGUGCACCAUUCAGCAACAGAUUGACGAAACAGUCGACUCAUGCAAGCUGCUGACCGAAAUCCAGGAGAACCGGACUCUCGUGGUGCUCAACUCGUUGAGAAACGGAAUUGCCCUGAAGGAUGUGGAGGCUGACAUCCGCAACGCCUCCUUAACGGUGACCUCCAUGUUGGAGCAAAUGGAGGACCAGAUAAGAGACACAUCCACCAGCUCAAUAUGGAGGUACAUGGUGUCGUACAAGAACAUGCUGCGUGCCAUCGAGGACCGCUGCCUGGCCACAAUUUACUGCCUCUUCCUGCUUGGCUCCGGCGAGCUGUCCGUGUCCUCCAUGGCCAGUCUUAAAAGACACGACACCUUGGCCAGGGACUACCUCAGGGCGGCCAUCCACUUUCUCACGCAACCCAACACCCUGCCUGAUAUACCUGACAUAAUCAACGACAUCGUGGAUAUCGAGAGUGCGAGCACUCCGCGUGCAGUCAACAUUUCCGCGGCCGAGGAAUUCUACAAACGCGCCACGCAUUACCAUAAAGAGCUGCGGAAUUUCCAGAACACCAUCAGGGACUAUAUUACUUCUCAGGUGAAGAGCGACAUCCGGACAGCGAGCCACCACAAGUGGGUGGCGGUGGCUCUUCUCGUCACCGUGCUAGUAAUCUCGCCAGUCAUCAUCACGCUCGUGAUCAACGCGACCAACACGAUCCAGGCGUUUGCAAGCACUCUUGUGCAGCGCACCGUGCAGCUGCAGCGCGAGAAGCACAAAGGUGACACCCUGCUGCACCAGAUGCUGCCCAGACCGGUCAUCAAACACCUCAAGCAGCACAGACAGUGUUUUUGCCAGGUUCCAGCGGAGAGUUUCGAGAACGUGACUAUUUACUUCAGCGACGUCGUCGGCUUCACGCAGAUUUCGGCAGAGAGCUCUCCCAUGGAGGUGGUGGCGAUGCUGAACGCGCUCUACCACCUCUUCGACAGCCGCAUCGAGAAGUAUGAUGUCUACAAAGUCGAGACCAUCGGUGACGCUUACAUGGUCGUUUCGGGACUGCCGCAGCGAAACGGUGGGAAGCACGCGGGCGAGAUUGCGACGAUGAGCCUCGAUUUGCUGAGUGCGCUGAACCGAUUUGCGAUUCCGCAUCGGCCGGCGCAGUUUUUCAACGUGCGCAUCGGCAUCAACUCGGGCCCGGUGGUGGCCGGCGUCGUCGGCACCACCAUGCCGCGCUACUGCCUCUUUGGCGACACCGUCAACACCGCCAGCAGGAUGGAGUCCACGGGCGAACCGAUGAAAAUCCACAUUUCGCAAACGACCAAAGAGGAGUUGGACGCUCUCGGUGGAUACGAAAUGGAGUACAGAGGCGAGACCGACAUCAAGAAAGAGCAUCAACAAGUCUGGUUGCAGGGCAAGGGCACGCUGAGCACGUACUGGCUGCACGGACGCGUGGACGGGCUGCCGCGGCCGUCGAUCGACGAGCCGCCCAUUCUGCUCGCCCCCAUGGAGAGGCUGCCAGAGUUCUUGGAGCUCCUGCUGCCCAGCGUCACCGACGAGGAGGACGCAAUCGACCUCCACUUCCUGCACAAUCCGAAACUGUCCAACGCCAGCGCCAGCAUUAGGCUCUCUGCUCUAACCACGGAAUCCGCCAAUCAACUAGGUUUUAUUAAAAAAAAUCUCAGAGACAAUUAUUGACCGUUUGCGUAAAAUGUUUCCAAUUCGAAUUUGAAUUUAUUAAAUUUUAAAGAUUAAAAAAAUUUAAUCUGAUAUUUAAACUUUUUGAUUUUUUACACCGGGGGUUGGAUUUACGCGAUGCGCAGAUAUGGCGUCUGGUAGAGUCCAGCGGGAAAAUUACAAACGUAAAUAAAACUGGCUUGGAAAAUUUAUCAUGAAAAUAAUGAAUAGUUUUGUUGUUAUUUCUUUAGCUGACAGCUGAUUAGCCCGGUAAUUGGUGAAUCGACCGUUAGAUGGCCCGUCACGCUAAUGGAAAUGUAACAAAAUGCGCGGUUAUGAAAUUAUGAGGUCGGCACACCUCUUUUCUGACGCUUCUGAUUGGCCGCUGGACUGUCUCCUGAUUGGCCUCCAUUAUUUCGACGCCAAAUUUACUUCUGACAGUUCUAUCCGGUGGGAACUAAAGCAAUCGCAAUCCGGACCCCCGGAGGGAAUUACGACUGAGCAGAAGGUUUUAGUUUGAGUCGCGCAUGCGCAGUGACGCGUUUUGGCUUCUAAUUGACAUGAAGAAGCGAUCUGAACGUACUGCGCAUGCUUAAGAUGCGCACAAGUUUACUGCGCAGCUUCCAAAUUGGCGAAUUUUUUAAGCUUACCGAUAUUUUUGUUUUUAUUCCUUUACUAACAGCUGAUUAGCCCGGUAAUUGGUGAAUCGACCGCUGGAAUGAAAUCAUUUGGUCGGCGCGCCUCUUUUUCAACGCUUCUAAUUGGCCGCAGGACUGUCUCCUGAUUGGCCUCCAUUAAUUUUUUACUUCUGACCGGCGGGAAACCAACACAGAUCGCAACCUGGCCCCCGGUGAAUUUUUAAAUGAACAUUGCGGAACGCGGAGUCAUUUUUUUCGUGAUGAUUCACGAAAACUGAAUAAUUCCAAAUCUCUGAAACUGAAAAUUGGUGUCUGAAAAUGAUCUUUUUACACACAGAGGUUGUUGAUUAAUUGUGGAACCAAGCCUCACAUUUGGCAUGUAUUUUAUUUGUUAAUACUUAUUUAAAAUGAAAAAUUAAAAUUUUGCAAGGCUUGGUUCAUAGAUGGUUAAUUAGUGUUUCAUCAACGCCAAAUUUGCAAUAAAAUUAUUGUUUCCCAGAAAUCUAUAGUGUUCAAAGCUGCUGACAGAUGUGAACUUACCGCCAAUUUAAUAAGGACAAUUUUCUUUUUGAAGUUUGGAUUAGAUACAUUUGAAUUUUAAAGUUGUCGAAAUUGCAAAUCAAAACCAAAAAAUUGUUAGUUGUUUUACUGUCCGAAAAUACUGUUAGAAUUAAGGUAUGAAUUGUGAAUCAGUGUAUUUGCAAGAAACAGUUGAAAAAUUCGUAAUUGGUGAAUGAUGCAAACGCCUUACAAGAGAGAAAAAUGUUACGACUGUUUAUUUGGUUAAAAUCUUUGAAAUCAAAAUGUGAAUUUCUUCCAGUGACGUGAUAUUAAAUCCCUAGUCUAUGUAUACUCUAAUUCCAUUCCUUGGUUGAAAUGUUCCUAAAAUUUAGAGUAAUUUAGAGCGAAUCGAAUGGAUUUUUCCCUGUUCGAAUAUGGUUAGUGUUCGGCCUCAAUAUGUGCAAAGUCUGGAUAGCCAAUAAACACAAUUAUUGACGAGUUGAUUGUACGAAAAAA